CUGAAGCAGCCUCGCUUGAAGCAAGCUUCCUUUGGCCUAAGACUUGGAGGGAAUCAAAAUCGUCAAGCUGGAUAUGGAGAUGGACAGCCUUCUGAUGAAACAAAAGAAGUUUCUUUACCAUUUCAAAAAUGUCCGCUGGGCUAAGGGUCGCCAUGAGACCUACCUGUGCUAUGUGGUGAAGAGGAGGGACAGUGCCACGUCCUUCUCACUGGAUUUUGGCCACCUUCGCAACAAGUCCGGCUGCCAUGUGGAGCUGUUGUUCCUACGUUACAUCUCGGACUGGGAUCUGGACCCUGGACGGUGUUACCGCGUCACCUGGUUCACCUCCUGGAGCCCCUGCUACGACUGCGCCCGGCACGUGGCUGAGUUUCUGAGAUGGAACCCCAACCUCAGCCUGAGGAUUUUCACCGCGCGCCUCUACUUCUGCGAGGACCGCAAGGCUGAGCCUGAGGGGCUGCGGAGACUGCACCGCGCCGGGGUCCAGAUCGGGAUCAUGACCUUCAAAGACUAUUUUUACUGCUGGAAUACAUUUGUAGAAAAUCAUGAAAGAACUUUCAAAGCCUGGGAGGGGCUGCAUGAAAAUUCAGUCCGUCUAACCAGACAGCUCCGGCGCAUCCUUUUGCCCUUGUAUGAAGUUGAUGACUUGCGAGAUGCAUUUCGUAUUUUGGGACUUUGAUAGCAACCUCCUGGAGUGUCACAUGUGAUGAAAUUUCUCUGCUGAAGAGAGUGACUAGGAAAACAAUCCUUCAAGUACCUGUUUUUCUUCUUAAAUACUCACUUUAAUAGAGUGUAGGGGGAAAUAAUAUGACUUUAAAAAAUACAAACUAUGCAAACUAGCAUAGGACCUCAUAGCAACGGCGCCAUCUACUGGGGAUCAUCAGAACUUCAGGACUUUGGACAAUCUUUAAGUGCCGGUCUCUGAUUUGAAAGCAGGAUGGAAACAGAUUAUAUGCUUAGAAAAACAUAUGGGGACGAUCACACGGUUUGUUGCACCUACCCUUGUGUUUUCAUUCGUUUGAAUUGUUAGGGAUAUCAGUGACAGAUUUUUCUACUCUCUUCCUUUGAGGCUCACUUUCAAGGAAGCCGUCUGCUGAGGUCAUGGAUUGUAGGUUGUCCUGAUGAGAGAGUCUGAGCGACCACAAACCGCUCUCUCAAAAGCAUUAAUAUGCAGGCACGCGCUGUACGUUUUCAUUGUCGUGUUUUUUAUGUUUGGAUGUGAGAGGGCUUGGGUGGGAUUGGGAUGAGAACUACGAAGAAAUCACUCGGGAGAUUAGAUGACGCCCCGAGGAGCAAAUGCUCUGGGAACACAGACUUUUUUUUAAUGUCAUCAGUUCAUUUGCAAUCUUAUCUAGGUUAAGAGUUCAAGAGUUUAAUCCAAUUUUCAGAUCACGUAUUUUAAACAGUCUUCAUUCUGUUAAAGGGAUGCACUAAGAAAUCCUGUUUCUUAAGUAGCUGGUGCCUUGCACUAAAGAGAACAGCAGCAAACCCAGAUCGAACAGUCAUCAUGUCCACUUGUUUUCCACUGAAAAUGGCAAAUUCUUCCCGGGCCCUCCUCAUAGUGGCUGCGACCAACCACGGAGGUGAUGAACCUCCGGUUUCGCUGGCCCUCCAUGGCGCUGUUGGAGGCUCUCCGAGGGGCGCAGAGACGGAAAGCGGCAGAAAUGGCUGCACCACCCUUGUCUCCUUUCCUCAUGACCUUGGGAACAUAGAUUCCUAAAGGAGCCUGUAAUUUAGAAACACCACAGACUUCUAGCAGUGGACACCCGGGAGCUGCUUGAGUAGCGAGAGGUAACCUCUUCUCGUUGAUGAAUGCUGUUCUCAUUGAUGAAUGGCAACAAAGGGUUUUCUAGUUUUUAUGUGUGUGAUGCUGUUCCCCCAAAUUGUAAACUCUGUAAGAGGGUGACAAAAUAGACUCUUUCUGAUGCCAGGCAAAGUGACACUCAUCUGUAAUCCCAGCAUUCAGGAGGCUAAGACAGGAGGAUUGUAAUGUUGAGGAGGCCAGUCUGGGCUACACAGUGAGACCCUAUUUAAUUUAAAAUAAUGGUGGGGGAGGGAGGAACAAUACUUAACAAGAAAAAUGUAAGACUAUGGCAAAGAAAUUAUGUUCUACCCAACAAAAUAUUGGGAACUAACAUAGACUUCCUAUUUAUCCCUAUUUAUAUCUGGUCUCCCUAACAGCUAUCUUUGAUGGUGAGGAAAAAAAUUAGAAUAAACGUCCCCCUGCAGCAAAUUACCAGUUACCCUUGUAAUGCAAUUAAAAGACCCACAGGAAACCCUGUGCAUACACUGUAUUUAUUGUAUGUAAGUUGCUGUGGAAGAGUUGAAAAAUAAAUACGGCAGGGCAUUGGUGGUGCCCGCCUUUAAUCCCAGCACUUGGGAGGCAGAGGCCGGUGGAUCUCUGUAAGUUCGAGGCCAGCCUGGUCUACAGAGCGAGUUCCAGGAUGGCCUCCAAAACAAUACAGAGAAACCCUGUCUCGAAAAACCAAAAAGAAAAAGAAAACCAUUAUUUCUUGUAUCUAUUCAUGCUUUAUGUUAUGUUGUAAGCAUCCAGUGAUGCUCAUAUUUCUGCCUUCAUUUCCUCUUCUGAAAUAUUGAAGUGGGUUUCUGAAGUCUCAUAAAUUUGAAACUUUAGAAAUUACUAUAGCAAUGCACAAAAUUACACCCAUCUAAAAUUGUAACAAUAUUGCUCAUCAGGUACUCUCUUGAUUUUUAGGAACUUUUUUCUCCACAGAAAAUUUAUUCUGACUCAUUGUAAAUGAACUAAAUAAAUGGAUAAAAUUUGGAAA